UUUACAUAGUCAGGUGAGUUUCUCACGAGAGCUGCACUGCUGCCUCCCCCUGUGCACCUGCAGGUCCUGCUACUGUGUGGGGCUCCCAGAGGUUCUCCAGAGAUGGAAACAAGGAGGUUAGAGGGGAAACUGGAGAAUAAAAAGCUGGACACCGAAAUUCUUUUUCCCACAAUAAAGAGAGAAACGUAUUCCACUUCUGCGGCUGCUUCCCAGGAGGCAGAACAUGAAAUAAUAGAGAUAAAGAAAGAACUGAAGGAUCAUCCGCACCCAAUGGGAUUCACAGCAGCUCCACUUGCUGGUGGGGCAGGGAUGGACACUGAGAGCAGUGAGAAGCAAAGCACUGGAAAGGAUCCCAUCAGGAAGAAGAACCAAUGCCAAGGAGGGAGAGUAGGUCACCCAAGGAAGAAAUAUAAAUAUGCAGAUAGAUUACAGUUCCUCCUGCCAACUUUAUAUGCAAGAGGCCAUUUAAGGAAGAAGGCGCUUCCCCCAGCAGAGAAGGGAGCAGUUUUCAAUGGCCGCCCCCCUCCCAUGAGCAGAACUGAUCCCCCAUCCCCCGCUGCUCCCCUCCCAUCAACUUCAUUGUCUCUUCAGACUCCGCCUCCCAGUAGGAAACGCAGUCGCUUGGAGGGAGUUGAGGGAACACUUGUGGGAAUGUUGCGUUGCCUUGUGGACGUUCUCACAAAACAAAAUGCAGAGAGUAAAGUAGAAGAUUGUCCGGAUCUCGUUUUCCUUAAAUCCAUGCUGCCGGGUAUGAAGUUGGUCCCACCAGAGAGACGCGCUGCACUUAAAGCUGAGAUCUUCCAACUCAUUGUCAGCUAUAUCCCACACCAACCUCUUGUACCCUCAUUACCCAUCCCCCCUCCUAAUCACUCCUACCCUCCAUUCCCUAUGCCAACACCCCCCACUCUAUUUGGCUGGUAUAACUCCCCUCCCCCAUACCAAGGGAACCCUCCUCCUACAGGCUCGGCACCAAUCCACUACCCAGGCUUGUAACCCUUUUCCUUAA